CCGGAGGGACCGGGGCCUGGAGCUGGGGGACCGGGGAGAAUGGGACUGGGAACUGGAGAGUUAGGUAGAGAGGGACCAGGGUCUUGGACAGAGGGGUCGGGCCCUGGGGUGGAGAGACCGGGGAGAGAGGGAGCGGAGGAAGCUUGGUCUCCGGCCCCGGGUGACGGUGCGGAUGUGCAGCGGAUUGAGGAGCGCUGGCGGCGGCUGCUGUGUCGAUGUGAGCCGGCCCUGAUCUACCUGCAGAGCCUGUUGGUGUGGGAGCAACCGCUGCAAAGCGGCCUGAUGCUUCUCGGUCUCUCCGGCCUCUUCUGGUUGUUUUCCUCUACCUCACUGCGUCCAAUCUUCCUGAUUAGCUUGUCAGCAUUGGCCAUCGUAUUCCUGGACCAUUGGAAGAGCGAGCUGUUACCCCAUGUUGCUGUUCAGCGCCUUGUGGAUGAAGGUGAGAGUGACGGAAACUCCAUAAGGCCUCGUCUCCUCAGGCUGCCUGACCUUUGCCACUAUCUUGCUGAAAGCUGUGUGGCCUUUAACCUCUACCUGAAGGAAGCUCUCGAGUACAAGAAACAGAACCCAGGCAAGUUCUGUCUGAAGAUGUGUCUUGGAUGCUCAGCAUUGGCUGCAAUUGGACAUUAUAUCCCAGGAAUUAUGAUAUCCUACAUCUUCAUACUGAGCCUGCUACUGUGGCCUUUGGUGGUUUACCAUGAGCUUAUUCAGAAGAUGUACACAGGGCUGGAGCCUGUGUUGAUGAAGCUGGAUUACAGCAUGAAGGGUGGCACCCAGCACCGACAGAGGGACAGGAAGAAGAAAGCAAUAGUGAAAUCGGAGAGCUGUGAUGAACCGACAGCAGAAACUGAGAGUGAGAGUGAAGCUGAACUUUCCUGCUUUAAUUCCAAGGUCGAUGUCAGGACAACCGCUCUGGCUUUGGCAAUCACUGACUCUGAGUUGUCAGAUGAAGAGGCUUCCAUUCUGGAAAGUGGAGGAUUCUCGAUGUCCCGGGGAGCAACACCACAACUAACAGAUGUAUCAGAAGAUCUGGACCAGCAGAGCCUGCAUAGUGAGCCAGAAGAAGCUUUUGCGAAAGACCUGCCGGAGUUUCCCUCGGUGGAGGACUUAUCUGGUGAUGGAACUCCCUCUCAGAUCUCGACAGGGUUAUCACCAGAGACCUGUAGCACUCAGGACUCUCAAUUCUUCGUUCAGACACUGAGCUCCCCUCUGCACUUUGUAAAUACACAUUUCAAUGGGAAUGGGGCAACAAUGAACAUGCCAAAGACUGGCCAAGCCUCUGCUCUAAGCUUGACUCUAGAGGCCUUCAGUGAGGAGAUUGUAACCUCAGCAAUUACCACAGUGGUUCAGAAUACACUGAGCGCCCUGCUUUCUAACCCGUUGACAGGAGACCAGUCUGAGAGCUCAGAAUUUCUUUCUACUGAAUCACAGCAGGAUCUCUCCCAGGCAGGAUUGAUGGAAUUGAACCUGACAGAGGUAGAAUCUCAUGACGAAGUGGAUGAUUUUGAGGUGCUGGACCAGGGGGAGUUGGAUCAGCUGGACACAGAGCUUGGGCUAAACGAGCAGCUCCAGCAGGUGCAAAAAGGACAGAGUAUGUCACAAGUUACAGAAGCUGAGCUACUAAGGCAGAGUUAGUGGCAGCAGCUAGCCUGUAGAUUACUGGGUUAGUUAGAAAGGCCUCAUAUGUCCCUCAUUGUGUGGCAUUGCACUUCCCUGAAUUCAUACCUAGACCCUCAAUGUGUGUGGUACUGCCAUCUACCGAGCCCUUUUCCUUAGUGCACAGUGCUAUUGCAUCUCAGUCCCUCGUCCAAAGAGCUUGUUCAAUGGGUAUGCAAUCCCACAAAAGCCCGUCUUCAUUACAUGAGCAACAAUGUUAACAUAGUACUAAGCAUAUUAAAAUUAUUCACUAGGCUUUCUUCACUUGAUUAUUGCUUUGUUGGAUGUGGUACUGAACACCACACAAUCUGAAAGACCCAGAAUGCAUCUCCAGCCUGUGCUGAAUGAACCGAUCUGACUCAAUGUGGCGCUAAUCCAUAUGCACACAUGUUUGCUGAUCCCACCUCGUGUGGCAGUGGGAGAUCUAACUGAUCUCAACUGCCCUCGUUAAGAAGGUGAUGAUACCUGUGUGAUGUACAAAGAGUGCAAAAGAAUGACUUGCAUCCUUAUACACCUUUUUUGGUCUCAAGAUGUCCAAAGAAUAUUUACAGGCAAUGAAGCACUUCUGAAAGGUAGUCAUUGUUGUAAUAUAGGAAAUAUGGGAACCAAUUCGUAAAGAAGAUCCUACAGCAGGAAUAUGCUAAUGUCCACUGUUGUGUUUUUGUGAAGUUGGUCAAGGGUUGAGUAUUAGAAGACCUUGUCUACUUUAAAGAAGAUCUUCCACAUCUAGUUGUGAGAGCAGGUCUGAAAGACAGCACCUCUAACAAUGCAGCUCUUCCAUUGUAGGUGCUAAGGUGCAAUUGCUUCAGGUGUUUUCAAGAUGUUGAGAAAUCUGAGAUUUCAUGACCAAAAUUAUGCAGAAAGUACUUCACCAAUGAUCUGUAAAGGUGUAUCAUGACUUUCUUAUUCAUUUAUUCAGCACUUGUGUUUACAAAGCUGCAUCUCCUAUACACUUACUUCAACAUCCUUAUUAACUUAUCCUGUCACUUUUAAAGAUUUGCGAGUAUUUUUCCCAGGUCUCUUUUGGCUUAGACCUUAUCAAAAUGAGGCCAUCUAGACUUUACUACAUUUCCAAGUUUCCAAACUUCACACUCAUUGUAUUAAACUGUGUCUGCCAUUUGUCAGCCCAUUUCACCAUU